CUGGGAGGUGUUGCCCUAAAAAUACAGUAGUACACUGUACUAAAACGCCGUCUCAGAACGCCUUUCAUCACGUGCUUCGGCGGUUCGUUUGCGUUGCGUUUCUCUAGUUGCGGUGUGGAGUCUAGCUUCAACUUACAGUGAGUGACAGAAUAUGGAUCGCGUGAAAGUCCUAAAAAAGGUAUCGGCAGGUUUUCAAACCGACAUGGACACGCUAUUGAGAAAGUUCAUGGCGGAAGAAUCUAUUCGGUAUAGUACAUUCUCCAAAGUCUGGAAGGCGAUGAAGUUCUCCUUGGUGUUUUGUGGCCGUAAGGACCAGGAACUUCGUCUCUUCUUCGAAGAAAUAGCUGCAAUCAUUCUGCAGUUGUGGGCUCCCACGUGCUCGUUCCGAGAAAAGGUGUUCGGGCUUUACAUGCUCUAUGGUGUCUACGCCUCCCAGCCCAUCUUGCCGAAAUUAAAGAUAAGACUCAGGCUUGCAGACUGGGAGCAGUCGGAGGUGGUCUUGCGGAUUGCCACUAGAGAGCAGCACCUGGACAUUUGCUACAUCCUUUACAGAAUGCGCCUGGAGCACUGCUUUCACAUCGUGGCACUCUUGAGUCAGAGGAGCCCCGUGAUGUACCAUGGCCAAGGUGUUGAGGAUGCCAGAACGAUCCAUGCAGCGAAUACCAAGGUGUUUGCUCCCAUGGAAGCGAUGAGUAAACAAGGCACAAUCCAGCAACUGCAGCUGUUUCAUCAGAACUACAUGGCAGUGAAAGCUGUCCAAGAAGAGCCUGUUAAAGAUCUGAUGUUGGUCAAAGAGGACAUCUACGACGUCGCUCGCAGGGAGGUGUCUGUGCUUCAAUUUGAGUACCGUUGUCAGGAGAUUCAGGCUGCAGCGAGUACAAGUCGCAAGGCCAAAGGAAGCACCAUUGAAGAGGAGACGGUAGUGGCAAGGCGUGGAAAUCUGCGAGCCCAGCAGUACAGUGCCGUGACGAAUACUCGCCUGGGAAAACGCUGCGCAGAACUCAUGGGUGAUGUGCCCAAGCGCUCGGGCGAAGACGAAAGUGCUCCAGAGUCAGCAGAGAGCAGCAGUCGUCAUACAAGUCUUGGGAAGACGAAACUUGCAGCAACAGAAAACUCUCAGGAAUCCAGUUUUGCUGGUGCUUCUAAACGUGGUGCUUUUAAAGGAACCAGAGGAAGGAAGUCUCGGGAAUCCAGUUCUGCUGGUGCUUCUAAACGUGGUGCUUCUAAAGCAACCAGAGGAAGAAAGAAAUCAGGCGGAAAGAAACCAAGCAGUAAGAAAUCAAGAAAAGCAAACUAACUAGCAACAGCCUUUCAGAACUUUGUAUAAGGUUUUUUUUCGAACGUCGCAAGACUCGACUAGCGGUGAAGCGCAUCAUUUCUAUUGCAUUUAUAUUCAUUUCUACAAUACCUAGUCAUGCGGCGUGGCAUCCCCAUGAAAUUUUUAUUGGUGGUUAUUUUAAGUUGUUGAUGCCUUUCAUUAUAAUCCUUCUCAUCUUGACUUGUUUCUAGUCAGAAAGCACUGUCUGUGAAAUAUGGUUGUGUACGAAUGUAGUGGUGGAAAAUCUCCAUGAACUGGAAAUUGCUGCACAUAAUCUUACUUUUGUUUAUUUUUUGUGCUUAUUUUGUGGGCUUGCUACUUUUGUAUGAAUGACUAUGUAAGCUAAGGCAGAGAGAGAGAGAAAAGACAUUUAUUUAGUCUGGAAGGAAGAGGAUGAGAUGUGUAUACAUCCAACUCGUGACUAAACCCAUGUCGGGACAGGAAGGCCGGGCCUUUCCGCCCUCUCACGGGCCUUCUGGACAGCCAAGAGCUGGACGUCAUAACUGGGGCCAUUGAUAGCAGCGUUCCACCAGGCUUCCUGGCAGCAGUCCUGCAACGCAGGGCAUCGCCAGAGCAUUUGUUUUAAUGAGCUAACUUCACAGUCUGGGCAUGUUGGGUCUAUCUCUGCAUGUACCAUACUAAAAAAGCUCUUUGAGGGGUAAGAGUCCGUUUGGAGCAUUUUCAACGUGAUAGAUUGCGCUCUAUUAAGUUUAUGGUUGGGGGAUGAGAACACGCGUCUAAUGUCCCUGUAGUGCGAGGUAAUCUCAUGAAAAGUGACGAGCGGUUCGCCGAACUCGAGCUGCUUCAAACCAUUAGAGUUCUCCUGAUCGCCGCGGCAUAUGAAUCCUUGUGCACGUUUGUGAGUGAUCUCAUUGGGGUUCGGGCGGCCCGGUAUUACGUCUGAACCUAUGCGAGCCGGGAACCAGGUGAUGUGGUGAGGUUCGUCUUGCAGGGACCUGCCUUUAAGGACUUUAGCUGCCUCUUUUGAGACUAGACCCGACUGAAAGGCCCGUACAGCAGCUCGCGAGUUACUGUAUAUGGUGGUGCGUUUCGGAUCUAGUAGCGUCAUAGCGACCGCUACCUGUUCAGCUACUUCUGCCAUUGAGGUGUCAAGUGAGGAGGACUAGAGGAGGUCUCCUUCGUGGUCCACAAUAGCCACUGAAAAUCUGCCAGCAUUUUCGUGACGGGCUGCAUCAACAAACGCUUCUGUACCCAUUAGAUUCUUUAUGAAUGCUCCUGGCCUCGCGAGCUUUCUAUCCUGUUAAAUUGUGGAUUCAUGUUUCUUGGGCAUGGGUCAAGAAUGAAUGAUUUUAUGACA